AUGUCUCGAGGCGGAACCACCCUCUACGUAACUGGCUUUAGCCACGGCACUCGCGCUCGCGACCUGGCCUACGAGUUCGAACGCUAUGGCCGCCUUGUUCGAUGCGAUAUUCCGGCACCUCGAUCUGCGUCUAGCAGGCUUUUCGCGUUUGUCGAGUAUGAAGAUCGCCGCGACGCCGACGAGGCUUACCACGACAUGCACAACAAGCGCCUCGGCCGUGAUGACAUUUUGAAAAUCGAAUGGGCCCGCACCCCUCCCUCAGCGUCCUGGCGCUUUGAGUCGGGCCGAGACCGUGACCGCGGCAGUGACCGUGGCGACCGUUCUCGCCGCUCUCCUCGACGCGGUCGCUCUCCCUCGCCUCCCCGCCGCCGCGACUACUCCCCUAGGAAGGACGAUCGUCGCGACAGGGACAGGGACCGUGACCGUGACUACGACAGGGACUCUCGCCGCGACCGCGACCGCUCUCGCAGCCCCGACAACCGUGACCGUGACCGGGAUAUGAAGGAUGUGGACCGCGACGACCGUGACCGCCGCGAGAACGGUACCAAUGGCGAGGACCGCAAGCCGGCUGCCGACAGUCCCCCUCCAGCUCGCGAUGAAGACCUUGACGUCGCCGAGUAG